GACCUCAAUGGCACCAAGAGGCGCUCAUCUCACGUAUGUUCCUUGUACGCUGCUCUUGACUGACAGGAUACGGCUACUCUCACGCCCAAAUAUCGUCCAACAAAUUUGAGCCACAACAUAUCGCAAAGGGUCUUAGGAUCGUGCAUCGACUCGGCCUAUGCUAACCACACCUGGAACCAGGGAAGUAGACUGAACGUCCAAAUUGGGCUCUAGGCAAGACAUAGAAUUAGCUGCUCACUCACUUACGUAGGCUAGACUGUACAAAUAGCGAGGCACUGCUGAGAUGAAGGUGAGUCGCAGAAGCUUCCAGUAGCCCACGUAGUAUCGCAACAAUCAACAGUCCGUGCCCGUCGCGCUUUCCUAACAGUAUUUGACCCCACAAACAGAGGCUAAGAAGACGACUCACCUCACUUGCAACAGACAGGGUGACUUCCGGUUGCUAUCUCACUAGCGAUGACACACCGGGGAGGCGGCAAGCCACCAUAUCACUGCGCGAUCUGCGAGCAAUCCUUCACCAGUAAAGCUGCUCUUCGCCAGCACACUGCCAAUCACAACGACAUAAGCAAUAGGAAGCUCAUUUGCGCCACUUGUGGGUGGAAUUUCGAUGACUCCCACGCCCUAGAGCUUCAUCGAAUCCAGAGUAGCCACGGAGAUCCACAGACAGCUCCCCCAAACCCGCGAAAAGAAGGCUUGGAGGCCCUCACAAAAGAAUCUGAAAUGGCAAUCACCUGCAAUCGGUGCCAGAAGACCUUCACCAACCAGAAACAACACAAUGCCCACCGCAGCAACGUCGCCUCUGACUGUGCCGAUUGGAGGCACACUGCCCCAAAGCACUCCACCACAUCUCCCGAAGCUGCCCGGGGUUAUGUUGACCUGGACAGACCCAAAGACGAAUCGCCAAUCGUACCCUCCUAUGAGGACCUCAACGCAUCAUCAUCAGAAGCUGAUACUGUUGAUAGCGACGACGGAGUAAAAUGCCACGAUUGCAAGCGUAUGUUCCACUCGAGAGGUCACUACAACAAUCAUAUGCUAGGCUGCACGCCCGUCUCGUCCAAGAAGCACCGCCAAGUACUGGAAGCCACUAAACCAGGUAGCAAUACACGCAUAAUCACAAACCACGUAAGAGCUAGUCCACAGCAACGCCAGGCCCCUACAGCAGCACCCGCACCUCGCGUCCAAUCUUCCUCGUCCACCUUGUCUGCUCCAAUCAAUGACCUGAGUAGCUUCGCGUGCAAUGUCAAAGGCUGCGGUAGGAUAUUUAGGUCGGAAGCUGGCCUUAAUCAACACAAGACUGAUGCCCAUGGUAUUGGUGGUCAGGCACUGAAUGCGGUCGGUCGAGCCGUGAGGGAGCAGAUGAGGCAAGAAGGCCUACUACUGCAACCUUCCUCCGCGUCGUCUCGCGGUCGUGGUCAGCGAGGUCGCCCUGCCCCACGCGCGUCACCUUCCGCUCCUCGUGGUGCUCCUUCGGCGUCUCGUAUGGCACCUCCAGCACCCCAAAUGACACCUUCCAAACAUCGUACGACGCAGCAAGUACCCUCGCAGCCCCUAACCUUCGCUCGGUCUAUGCCAAUACAACAUCAUAUGCCACCUACUCAGCCAGCCCAACUACCCACCAGUACGAUCAUGAGCGGUGUUGCCGAGCUGGAUCAAGCCAAACAAGUCCAAGCGAAGAUCCUGCGGCUUCUGAUCCAGUCCGACAUCUUCAUUCAACACGAUGGUAAGAUGAACGUCUGCGGGAUUGACUGGACUCGUAUUGGCGUCGCAAAACAGCGUGAAGUCGUUGCCAUGUUCGAUACCAUGUGCCAUCUCCCGAAGAUCCUACAAGGCGAAUACGUACCGGCUCCAAAGGCCUUCAAGGACGACUACAACACUGAGUAUCCGUUUAGCGACUUUGAGCCCUCUCCCGCUCGUAACCCAUCAAAGCCUGCUUUGGAUGUUGUCGCCAUCUCAUGCAGUAAAGUUGUGCUUAAGGGCGGCUUUCAGGAAAUUGUGAAAAUCGCAGCUGUCGACCUUGCCACCUGUCGAAUUCUCAUGAAUCACCUCGUCUGCACAGAUCCGCACGCUGAAGUCUUGGAUUGGCGCUCCGCGGUCACCGGCUUGUUCAGCUGGAAGGAUAUGGAAGCAGCUCGAAAGUCUGGAUACAAGGUCUUCAAGGGCUGGAUGGCAGCACGGAACGCACUACACAAAUUCGUCGACAAGGAGACUAUCGUGGUCGGCCACAAUCUGCGCUCCGAUCUUGAUUCCCUGCGCAUGGUCCACGGACGUGCUGUUGAUAUCGCCAAGGUCGUUGAGAAAGCUGCUCAGGGUCCACUCAGCAAGGCGCAGCUAGCAUUGGAUAGUCUGUGCAAGACUUAUUCUGAGAUCAAUCUUAGGAAUGACCCGGAAUAUGGUCGGGAUAGCCUCAUGAACGCCUUUGCAGUACGUGAGUUUGGUCUUUGGGCACUCAAAAAUAGGGAGCAGCUCGCCCGGAUUGCUAAACAGAAGAGUCUGGACUACCAGGCCACCAUACCAAGAGCUGCUGUUGUGGGAACUUGAUGAGAUUCGCAAAUGCGAAGAAGGAUAAACAGGAUUACGACAACGAAAGCAACGAACUAAACACACAUACCUGCCGAUUGAUAUGAAUUGUGAC